CACCAGUUAUGGGAACACCAAGCCCUUUCUCUCUCUUUCCCCAGAUCCAUGACUCCAGCUCAAGCAGACUUGGAAUUUCUUGAGAAUGCAAAAAAGCUGUCUAUGUAUGGAGUCGACCUGCACCAAGCGAAGGACUUGGAAGGAGUGGAUAUCACUCUGGGAGUCUGUUCCAGUGGCCUUCUUGUUUACAAAGAUAAACUGAGAAUCAACCGCUUCCCUUGGCCCAAAGUCCUGAAGAUUUCCUACAAACGCAGCAGCUUCUUUAUUAAGAUUCGGCCAGGGGAGCAAGAGCAGUAUGAAAGUACAAUUGGGUUCAAGCUACCAAGUUACCGGGCAGCGAAGAAGCUGUGGAAAGUGUGUGUUGAACAUCACACGUUUUUCAGGCUGACUUCCACCGAGGCCAUCCCGAAGAGCAGGUUCCUGGCGCUGGGCUCCAAGUUCCGCUACAGCGGGCGGACGCAGGCGCAGACGAGGCAGGCGAGUGCCUUGAUCGACCGACCCGCUCCCCAGUUCGAGCGGACGGCAAGUAAGCGAGCCUCCAGGAGCCUCGAUGGAGCUAAACGUGCGCCUCAAAAAGUUGAGUUCAGAGCCGUAGAGGAAGAGAAGCAGGAGGAGGUGGUGGUGGUUGAGGUUCCUGAACCAAAACCCGUGGAUCAGAUCCGAGAGAAGCCAGCCAAACACCCUCUUGAAACUUUUGAAAUGAAACCCAUUGCAGAGGAGGAAGAGGAGGAGGAGAAGGUAGAGGUGGUUAAGGUUCCCGUUCCCAAGCCAAAGUUACCGGAGCCGCUGUGGACGCGGUCAGCCAAAUGUGCUCUUGGCCAUGGUGAGAUAAGCCCAACUGAAGAGGAUGAGGAGGCAGAAAUGGUGAUGAUGGGAGAACUAGAGCUGGUCCCGAAGGAGUUGGCAGUGGCCGUGAUAACCCCCGAGAGGAGUCCCCGUCCCACCUCUGCCCCGGCCAUCGCUCAGACCCACGCUGCAGAACCGGUCCCAGCUAAGCCCGACCUGAAAGAUGUCGCUGUCUCUAAAGUAGAAAAGGAAGGAGCGAAACCUGACAUAAGGCGAGAAGAAAUCCCAGCGGAGAAAGCGAAGCCGGAGCCGGCCGAUGCAUCAAAGGUGAGGAAAGCGCACAUUGAGGUCACAGUACCCACCACGAAUGGUGACCAGCCCCAGAAAAGAUCAAAGAGGCUAGAUGGUGAAAACAUUUAUAUCAGGCAUAGCAAUUUAAUGUUGGAGGAUCUAGAUAAAACCCAAGAAGAAAUAAAGAAACAUCACGCCAACAUCAGUGAGUUGAAGAAGAAUUUUAUGGAGUCCGUCCCGGAGCCUCGGCCGAGUGAAUGGGACAAACGUUUGUCCACUCACUCCCCUUUCCGAACCCUCAACGUCAACGGGCAGAUUCCCACGGGAGCGGAUGGAGUCAAGAAAGUCACUGUCCUAUCUUCUGAGAGACAGGUUGGUGGGCUUGAGCCACCACUGGUGAAGACGCAGACGGUCACCAUCUCCGACGUCUCCAGCGCCGUCAAAAGUGAAAUUCCAACAAAAGAAGUCCCCAUCGUCCACACAGAGACAAAGACCAUCACCUACGAAGCUGCACAGACAGAUGGUGGCAACGGAGAUUUAGACCCUGGCAUCCUGCUGACUGCUCAGACCAUCACUUCGGAAACCACCAGCAGCACCACCACCACGCAGAUCACAAAGACUGUCAAAGGUGGCAUUUCAGAGACGCGGAUUGAAAAGAGGAUCGUCAUCACAGGAGAUGCAGAUGUAGACCACGACCAGGUUCUGGCGCAGGCGAUCAAAGCGGCGAAGGAGCAGCACCCGGACAUGUCGGUGACCAAAGUGGUUGUGCACCAGGAGACCGAGAUCGCGGAGGAGUAG